AUGGAUGAAGAGCUGGAUGUCGCAAUCUUGGUUAUAGGGGUAGAUUUGAAUGGUCUCAGGACUUACCAGGUGCUCUACACUCCGGAUAGCGGUCCCUUUCAAUCCGAUUCGCCUCUGGCGGUCUUAGGUUAUCACGCUUGUAAUGACGAUGAUGCAGCUGGAGACGAUGAGGCAGGAGGAGGACACUACGUAUACUUUGGAGAAGAUGAAUCUCGGGAUCCAGAGCGAGAUCUCUGCAUCUAUCCGGACGACUUCGCUCCUCAUAUCGAUCCCACUGCGAAUCCUAAGACUCAGGCUCAUCAUAAACCACCAUCCGAGCCGCUCGGUAGUACCUUCCUGACUCGCCCUUCCAAAGAUACUACAUCCGUUCCUCCACCUCAUCCUGAUGAUGUUACUCAUUCUCCUCCUUUCGCCUUGACUCCGACGAUGAAGGUACAAGACAACCUUUACCCCAUAUGGAACUGCAGAUCUUCAGGUUGUGACGAACGAUGUCACACUAUCGGCGAACUUCGUGCUCAUCACAAUACCCAUGAAGACAAGGAUCUGAAGAUCUUUCAAUGCCCUAUCUGCUCAAAAUGGUAUGAUGCAGAAGCAGCUAUACAACAACACUGUCGAGAGAAACAUUAA